AUGUUGGGGCUUGCUCUUGUGAAGCCGCUUCUUAGCUCUGUUGCUCAUCAGCCUGUUUCCGUUGCCAUUGAUGCUAGUGGUUCCGACUUUCAAUUCUCUUUAAGUGGUGUUUUUACUGGAGCUUGUGGAACAAGACCAGAUCAUGGUAUUGCUGCGGUUGGUUACGGCGUGAGUAAUGAUGGGACCAAGUAUUGGUUAGUGAAGAACUCAUGGGGUACAGAAUGGGGUGAAGAGUGGUACACAAGAAUGCAAAGAGAUGUUGAUGCAGCCGAAGGACAUUGUGGCAUAGCGAUGUCUGCGUCUUACCCCACUGCAAAAUUUCAGCAUCGCCUUAAAUCAAUUCCUACAACAUAUACCUUAUAG